CACGCCGGGCGGAAGCCGCCACAGGCUGCGGCGGGGGCGGCGCAUGGCGGCGCGGGAGGGCUCGGUGCUGGAGCCGGGAUGGCUCCUCUCCCCCGCCGGCCGCCCCUACCUGGACUCCAUCCUGCACAAGAACCGGCGCAGAGUGUUCGGAGUGCUGGAGCGCCCGGCGCUGCCCCCCGCAUUGGCCGCCCCCACCGUCACCUACAAACUGUUCCUCUCGGGCAAGAGCGGAGUGGGCAAAACGGCUUUGGCGGCCACGCUGGCUGGGACCCCUGCGCCCCCCGUGCACCACGAGACCCUGGGCAUCGAGACCACCACAGUGUACUGGCCGGCCAAGCCACGGGCCAGCGGCCGCCCCGUCAUCUUCCAGCUCCAUUUCUGGGACUGCGGGGACAGUGCCCUGAGGAAGUUUGAGUAUCUGAUGCCCGCUUGUAAGGAGGAAGCGGAUGCCGUCCUCUUCCUCUUCUCCUUCAUCGACCGCUCGUCCUUCGAGGAUCUGCCGGCCCAGAUGAGCCGUGUGCUCGGCCCCGAGGAGGGGAACCUCGUCAGGGUGGUCGUUGGCACCAAAUUCGACCUGUCCCCACAAGCGGACGUGACAGAGAGAGACGUGGAGGCCUUUGAGGGGAGGUGGGGGCUGCAGGUGCUGCGGGUGGGCAGCACGCCGGGGGCCAGGGGGGCACGCAGGGGGCUGGCACAGGUUGCCCCCCUCCUUGAUGCCCUGGUCGAGAGCCUCUGGCGUCGGGACCAAAUUGCUGCUGGCAUCACCCCAGAGGAUGAGGGGCUCCCCCCUACCUGAACCCCCUCCUGUGGGGUGGGUUUGGAGGGGCCUUAUCCCCAACCCCAGUUGAACAGCAUUGCCUGUGCCCCCUCCCAGGGAGUGGAAAAUGUGCUUUUUGACUC